UGAAUUUACCGCCCAUCCUUCGAUCACCGUGCCGUAGCUGAUCUACGGCAAGGUCUCCUCUCAACUCCUCUCUCGUCAUGAAUUUCCUCAUCCUCCUCCUCGCAACCUUGGUUGCAGCAACCCCGAUGCCUAAGAAGCUCGCUAAGGCCGAGCCCAAAGGAGCCGGACUCAAGGCAUCGGCAGCAGACCCGAAGCUGAUACCCGUCACUGACGAGCUGGUCUUCAAAGUGCCCCUCGAGACCUUUAUAGCUCGACGCAACAAACUGGACCCUGCCGCACUGGACUUUUCGUCAGACAACUGCACCAAGGCGCCCAACAACCCACUAGGGUUUCCGUUUACUCCUGGAUGCAACAGGCACGACUUUGGAUAUCAGAACUUUCAGGCCCAGGGCCGUUUCACGGCGGAGAACAAGAAGAAAAUUGAUGAUAACUUUCAGCAAGACUUGAAGCACCAAUGCUCUAGCGUCAAAACCGCGGCAAAGCCGGCAUGCAACGGCCUUGCCGAUGUCUAUCACGCGGCAGUGAGGAAAUUUGGAGGGCGCAAGGAAUUACAAGCAAAGCGGGAUGACUCGCUGGAGGCCGAGUUUCAGGAGAAGCUUGCGAUUUACAAGGUCCUGGAGGCUGAGUAUAUGAGGAUGAAGGCAAGGUCAGCUAGCUGACGAGUGCUCUGGUGGCACUGGUGACGGAGGAUAAUGACCUAUGAUGAUCCAUUUCCUUAUUCUACUUGCGAAUAGAUACCCCGAAUUUUGUCGUUGGACGUGCUG